AUAAGCGAAAAAUUAGAUGAGAGCCUACUUAGACGAAUGAUUAAUAUGUGUAAAAUGUGGAUACCGGAGGGCGAAGCAGUCGGUAUUCAAGACAUGCUCACGUUUUUCAAAGUCCUUGAAGACAAGAAACGUCUUGGAAUUGAUAAUCUAGAGAAGUUGAAAGAAAUAUUGAUACAAUUGAAGAAAAGACCGCUGCUUAAGAAGGUAGAAAACUUUGAAAUCAAACGAAAAGGUAUGUAUUACCGAAAUUUGCAUUUGCAGCCUAAAGCGGAAAUCUGGUCAAGUUAAUCUUGCAUAAACAGUCAGUAGUUGAGGUUUUAUUUCCUCAAAUUUUAAUUUUUGAUCAAGCCAGUUAAAACUGACUUGAUUGAACGUUAGCAAAGAUGGAUUAUUUGUAUAUUGUUACCGUUUUCUUUGAAACGAGCUGGCUCAAUUAGUCUGAGUUUACUUCAGCUCCUAACCCGCCAGAGUCAGAGCGCCGGAACAUAUUGAAAUUCGUUGCUCGUUUGUGAGUUUUGCGUCGGAGAGGUCUGAAUAAACUGGAUCGGAAUAUGUAUAUAUUAUAUAUAUUAAUCAACGUUGUCUUGUGUCAACUUGAGAUUUGACUUGGCAUUUUUAUUACUACUUAGUUUCGUACCGCAAGGCAUGUACGGCACUCCGCUCUAGUCCUUCUAUUGAGCAUUCUGCCGAUAGGCGUGCAUAUGCAUCAACUGGUAUGUUAUAUAUAUUACAUGGGAAUUACGAUUUGGGCUUCCAGAGUGGUCACCAUGUUUGAACGAAGUUGGUACGCGGCUUUCAUUCAAUAGUGGCUCUACAGUUCGUACAAAAUUGUGUAUAUGACCAUCUUCACGCUGUCCGUUCUAUUAAAUUUCAGCUAAGUCAGCUGGUAUCAUUUCUUCCUUGAAGCGAGCUGCAGGAACCUUGAUAGGAGGUAAGUGAGUUCCAACAUUAGUAUCCGUUAGUUGGUGGUUACGUGAGGCUAUGCGCACGAUGUUGGUGACCACCCUUUUGGAAAAAAUGGUUUUAACGCUACAUUUACUGUUACAGUUCCCCUAAACUAGUGUAUAAAAACUUGAUUUUCUGCACGGUUGCACUGUAAUCAAUCUGCAUUACAGAGAGUAUAUAUUUUCUUCAUAAAGCUGUGAUUUAAAGGAAUUAUUUCUUUGUUGACGAAAUGUAGUGUAGUUUUAAGAAGCUAUUUUGCCCUACUAUUUACUAAAAAAUAUAAAGCUUCGAUCUCACUUAACUCUGCAAUAAACCUGUAUUGACCAGAAUAGACAAAGCUUUUCGAGAUGCACAUAUACCAAAGUUUCUCCUGGCUUAAAAUUUGUCGAUGCAUUUUUAUGCUUAUUAAAUGAAAAACAACUUUUUAGCGUUAGAACAUAAUUUUUCAUGCACCAAAUUGUCAAUGCACGAUAGUACACAACCAUGCAUACAGGCUCGACGAUUAUCGUUCUUUUUCAUUUCGUACCUUUGUCCUUGAAGCAUGACUGUUUAAGCACGAUCAUCAUUUAUUUUAGGUGCAAAGAGAGAAGAACGAAAAUACCUUUACGUAGUCGUAAAUUCAACUCGUAAAGUUGAAAAUGCCUCGUUAAUACAAAACUGACUUUCUUACAAGUUUAAAUAUACCAGUUUAUUGUAGUUAUUCUUUCUCAUUUCAACAGUAUAGUAUUUUUCCUCAGAUGAUAUAUCGACGAUUGUUUGAAAUAGUCUUCAUGGAAACAAGGUUAAGGCUCGAUAAAGGCACCAUGAAGGCACGAUCUAUGCACCAUCAAUGGAAUUUAGGCUCGAUACACCUUUAUUGGCUUCAAUAUGCACAAAUCGUGCAAGCACGAUGCACAAUGACAAAGUUACGGCUUUGAUCACCAACACAGCUCAACACCGUGCACUUACCCGUGACGUCACAAAAUACGCUUUUUUGAAGGAUGAUAUGUAUAGUCACGUGCAAAAUCAGCAUGUAGAGGUUCUUAAAAUUGAUUCUAUGUGUAGCACUUACAAUAGGCAAGUUUCGUAUUCCCCGACGGCCCUGCGUGGGACGAGAGACUUCUUAGCAUGAUUGUGAGGCUAAUGCUGGUUAACCUCUCUUGGCGAAAGCACAAACAAACAAAGGUAAAUUUCGGCUAUCAGUAAUAUACCUGCCAACUUUUUCUGAGAUAUAAGCGUGAGAUUUUUAUCCCGGGAGUGCUGGGAUUUUUGAAGACGACGCGAUCAUUUCCGAAGAUCCCCGAAGAAGUCCGAAGUCUUCCGAAGACGUCCGAGGUCUUCCGAAGACGUCCGAAGUCUGCCGAAGUCUGCCAAAGGCGAGCUCGCUCCCAGUGCUUUUCACUUCAAAAAUCAGAGAUCGCGAGGAAGGUAUUGCCAUUUAUUCAUUUUACACAUGGUUUUCGUUCCUUACAUGGGUCUGAGUUAACAUAUUUUUGGAAAUUGUGUCAAGCAGGACGGCAACAACUCACAUUUUUCAAUCAGGCGUGAGAAAUUGGCCCGCAGGCGUGAGCCGGCGUGAGAUCGAAGUUUUCAACCCGCAGGCGUGAGACUCACGCCUAAGGCGUGAGAGUUGGCAGGUAUACAGUAAGAUUUCAAAGCUUAAACUGUACCAAUAAGCUAAAGGGAUAACUGUUUCAAACAACAAACAGAGACUAACAGAGAAAUGAAAACAGCGACGAAGCGAAACGAAGAAGUAAACUUUUGAAGCGUGAAAUUGUUAAAGUUUGUUCAAAUAACAAUAUUCUAUUCCCUUGAAUUUAUUCUAUUUCACUCUUGUGUACAUCUCUAAAAUCGAUUUUAAAUUGCUCAGUACCUCGUCUGUAUAAAAUUCCUCGAUCAACUUCUUGUCGAGUAAAAUGUGUGUACGUUGUUUUCCACAUGUGACUAGACAUUUUGAUUCAAGCCGGUUGAACUUCUUUACAGUGCAAGGAAUGUUUGCAUAAUGUUUGCCCUAUCCUAAAGGAACAGAUAUUUAUCCACGAAAAGUACCUAUGCGGAUUUUUGUUGUUUUCAAAUACACAAGAUUCUGCAUCCGCUUCGAUAGAAUCUUUAGAAAAAUGUCAACUCAAGUGAAAGAAGGUUUCAGUUUAUCCUACAGGCUAUCGAUAAGUACGUCUACUCCAAUGGAAGGUACGGCUUAAAGACGUUUUAACGAUCCGCACUAAAAAUAACAUUAAAAUGGCUUCAGAGACCACACUCACCAACCUUUAUUUUGGUCAAUUUCUGAUUAGGCUCGUUGUCUGUUUCGGUGACAAUGAGCUGAUUUCCCUUUUGCUAUUUGAAACAAUGAUUUCUCAAGCCUGUCAGUAAGUUUUAAUCUCUCCCUUCUCUCAGUGUUAAGGUUCCAAUUGUUUUCCUGCAACUCAGCCGCAGUUUUUUCGUGCUUGUUUGUCUUGUUGGUAAGAAGUGACCCGCAUUAUAUAGCCUCGCUUCCGCGCGAAAACAACUACUCUUCCUCAACUCCUCCUCGGUCGCCCGGGAGUACGAAACGUGUCUAUUUGGUUUCGUCAAUAAGUGACUGAUUCUGACAGGUCGAAUUGUUAAAUUUAAAGCUAGUAUUGGAAAAUGAGGCAUAAGGCAAGUUGUUCUCAUCUCCUGAUUCACAGUCUGACUCCAUAUAAUUUGUCAGGUUGAAUGGAAUUGUUGGUUGUUUUCUAUUAGGUGCUCCCUUCGCCAAUUUUUUACCAGGAGGUUCUUGAUCCGCAGUUUCGUUUAAGCGGGUAUUUACUGUACGCCGUGUUUUAACUUUGUAGAUCUGUGUACCAUAUAAGGGCGUGAUAUUGAUCAAAUGAACGCAAUGCAAAGUAUCUAGCUCCUGAAAAAAAUACAACUAACCCUCAUUCUUUAUUAUUAUAAACUCCCUCCCCCAGUAACCGCCCGAGGCUGUAACGAGCCUCUCCCUGUAUUAGGAAACGUAGAAUGUUGCAGAUUGUUUAUCUGAGGCUCCUCAUAUUUUCACAGCGGUUAGGAUGGUGUGUAAUUUCCGCACACUUGCUGGUGGUAUUGUAUUGGUUGGCAGUGGCCUGGUUCUGCGAAGUUGCUCCAGUUUUGAAGAAUACAGUGACGCCUUCAACAAGGUUGUUUUGCCUGCUUUUACCAAGCUUGUUGAGUUGAGUGAAAGCUCUCUCUGCUUUACAGUGCUAGCCGAAACACCGUCAGCUUUAAAAGCGUUAUGGAACAUUUACAACAACGAAAAAUUGAAGAAUCGUCUUCAAAGAUUCCUUGUAACCGAAGAAAUCAAACAACUGGUAAAGGGAGAAGAAAUGGAGGUGACCGUUUACAUCGAUGAAAAGGAAUAUAGCGCAGCUUAUCUUGAUCUCAUGUUCCAACAAAAUCACGGUUAGUCAGAAUAACUUUUCUUGUAUGUGGACCAGUGAACGCACUGGGGGACUGGGACUGGAGUUGCGGGCCUCUUUAUUAAUUGUUUCUUUAGGUUAUAAUGGUUUUAAAUAUGGCAGUUGCCUAAAACCAGUCUAGUACCUAUCCAGGGAAGGCAUCUUAUGAACUCAGGGUUGUGCAGGGACUUAUGACUUUGCAAUAUAGCACUUGAAUCUACCAGGAGAAAUGUUAGUUUCUAGAAUUGAAGAUUGUUGCCCCAAGUACAAAUUUUAGAGCGUCAAAAGAAAAUGUUGCUGUUCAAUUGUUUCUAAUAUCAGUUUUUCUUUUCAUUCUACAUGAAUUAAUUUAUAUGUGGUUUUAUUUGUCUGUUUUUUUAUUAUUAUUUUAGUUUUAAUAUGUAAAGGGUAAAUAAUAGAAGUUACAGAGACUAUAACAAUAUAAGGCACUAGUCAUUUUUUUCAUCGAUCCAUUGAAAUGGAAAUAUUUUUAACUGCUUUGGUAUAAAUUUGUUAAGGAUGUCGCAUAUCUUAAAAGAAGCGUGAGUGGCUUAUCGAUCCUACUUUGUUUACAAAUAUGCUUGAACGUCCUAUCUUACUUAAUCUUAAAGUGAAAUAGAGCUCAGUCACCUACGCAGCCAUUAUCUUGGUUGGUCAAAAAUAGCUCCUGCCCAAAAUAUAUCAGCUGCUGCGUAGAAGAUUGGAAGAAAGGGUCUUUGAGGACAAUAGGAUAACCUAAGUUCAAACAAAACAUUUUCCCGUAGUCAAAUAUUUCAUGUAAGGUAUACUAUCGGUUUCGUUCUUUCUUAUCCUUUUCGACAGCUGCUGAUAACAUCAGCCAGGAAGGUAGCAGACAUCGAAGGAACUCAGAUUCAUUUCUUUCUCUCAGCCCAAAGGAGGAUGAAGUGACUUUGAUGAAACUGAACCAGGCGGAAAAUAAAUGGAAUUUCAAGAUGCAAAUUCUUGAAAUUGAGAUUGACAAACUAAAAACGGAGCUCGCGAUAUGUGGGAAAGAUGGUAGGAGUAUAAACAAGUGUCACCGGACUUAUAAACUAAUAACGUAGAUAAAAGAUUCUCUCAAGUUCAGCAAACCUCCUGUCUGACUAAGUGUUUGUGUUGUUAUAAGUCAGGACAAAAUUUCCUAUAACAUUGUCCGUAUAGCUGAGUACAUGAUCACUAUUACAUUGAUAAAAACGUGUUACAUGUUUGAGACUACGAUGAAAUCUAUGUAGGUACUUAAAGAGGCAUUUAACUGCAGCAGGCAUACCGUCAUAGUUUAAAUUUCUGUGCAACUCCUUAGCCUUAGUACUGUUUCCUGUUAGGCUUAGUCAAAGGUGAUUACAUCAAAUCAAGUCUAUUAUAACAUACUACAUGACAUAGUAAGUGACGGGUAUGCUCGUCGUCUCGUUUAGCGGUGUAAAAUGCAGAUUUUGGUCUCACUUGGGGUGUUUGGGACAGAAAGUCACUAUAUUUGCCCAUUCAGGUAUCGCUUAGGGCUGUGCAUAAAGAAGUUUACAGAAAAAAUGCCGUGAUGUCAUCGAGUUUAGUAUGGUCUAAGUAGGGGCCAGUUUAAGCUUGAGCCACACCCACAAUGGUCUCCCUUAGGGGUUUAAUUAUAAUUUACCGACGAGUAUACCCAUCCACACCCCCCCCCCGAGUAAACCCUCACCUAUUCCUCUUUGAAAUGUCAAGGCGUGAAAAGUCACAACCGCGCUGAAACCAAAGCUACCGUAGUAAGGCCAACGUACUUUUAUAUGUAGAUGAGCUACAUGUCCCGUUUUUGCUGUUAAAUUGGGUAUAUGUCGAUGUGGCCAUUGAGCACGGUUGACGUGACCUCACAACUGAGUUACCUGCAAAUACACAGGAAUACAGCCGCCUCAGCCAUGAACUCAUAGCAGUGAGUUACAGGCUACCCUAGGAACGUACAUCCUCAAAGACCUGAGCUCUACCACUGAAGAUCACAUCCACCAGUGGCAUCCAUUACCUACAAGUCAGUUCUUGAAUGAUAGAGACAGAGAUAAAAUAAGACAAAUCUAUUUUAUACUAACUCAAGCAGUAUUUAACUUCUCGUCUUUCCAAUUUCAGCUCAACCUGUUGUUGUCUUGUCUUCCGCAAAAUAUGCUGGAGAGAGACUUACAGGAAGUAAGCUUAAUAAUAUACUAGUAAUAGUUGACUCUACAGCUGCCCCCGUUCUGUAUAUUGUCGGUCAAUAGUAUUCUUGCUCGUUCUGUAGCUCUUUGAAAUAUACCGAUUCAUAAUGAAGAUUUUCACACAUAUUCCAUACAAUAGGUGAGAUAAAUACAGGAAACGCAAGGUUCCAUGCACACUUUCAGCUCCAUUUACAAAGCUUUGAUCAAAACAUCCUCAAUUUCGAGAAUAGUUUAUCCAGCUGUUUAUUCUAUAAGAAAAGAUUUAACUAGAAGUUGAAUUCUUCGCUAUUUCUCUUUCACUUUUUACAUUCAGUUUAUUUUAUUUGCCGGAAAGUAAGCCUUAGAAAUUAAAAGGACGUUUGGUCGAUUCACGCUCGCGCAUUCUAGUCCGGGGGGGCACUUGGGUUUUUUUUGGGGGGGUAUGUGCCGCCCGGGACUCCAAAUUGGCACCCCGUUCUAGAAAAAAUUUCCCCUAAAAUUGAUACCCGUUCUAGAAUUCGCCCUAAAACUGAUACCCCGUUCUAGAAAUGGGCCAAUUUUUUGUACUCCGUUCUAGGGUGCAACAACAGUACAACGAUUUGCUUGUUAACGCAUUGAACCGUAUUUUUAAAAGCAAUCUGUCCUUGAAUACUUUCAAAUGGCUGCUUACAAAAGUGGAGAUUUCGUGUGUUCGAAAUAUUAUACCCCGUUCUAGAAAACGCCUCUGAAAUGGAUACCCCGUUCUAAACCAGGAGCUUCAAAAUCACGAUCCCUUUGGGCGGCACAUACCCUUAUAGGUAAUGUAUGGGAGUAACCCCCCCGAUUCUAGUCUUGUUUGAAACUUUAUAACGGAAGGACAUCUGUGAGCAGCAAAUAAGUCAGCACAGAAUUUGAUUGUCGGCAAAUUUCUGUAAUCGUUCAUCGUUCUGCCAGUGAUAAGCUAGCCGUUGUUCACUCGUCUUGCUUGUUUGGGGCUGAGUCUGACUCCGGUCAAAGAGAGAGAAAGAGUGUCGUGCAAGGUUUCCAAUAUAAAUCAGGCAAAGAUUUGUGAACUCGUGUCUGGUAAACUCUCCAAGUGUACACAGUUAAACGUACCUUAUAACCUUAUCUGCGCUUAACGAGUGUCUUUUGGUCCACAACUUUCAAAACAACUGUUCCACAGAAUGUAUCGAAGUAUGACUGCACAAUAAAUGUCACAAAAUCUACCUGAGCGGUCCCUUCGGGAUUUUCUGUCUUUACGUCAUCCUAACCAUUUCGUACUUGCGGGUGCAAACAAUAGAAACGUCAUCAUUACCUACUGAUUCCUCGCGUUCCCUGUUCAAGCAAAUCGAGAUUUUAUCUAUAUUGACUGUAUGACUGUAUAUUUCAACUGUAAGUACUUUCCUUAAUAUACGCGCGAGUUACUAGAGUGCCUCCUCGGGAUUUCGCCUUCUGGGCGAAAUCCCUGCGGGGGCAAUAAUUGAGCUAUGGAGCAUUUCGCAUCUCUGCAGCCACAGUCGUCGUGUAUAUACUGAGAUAUCUUACUUUUUUCCUCGUCUUCUUUUUUUCCGGUGAUAAUUCAUCCUUUGCAGUAAAAGGUAAAUGAAAAAAAAGACCAAAAAUGUCUCAGACGUUAAGUUACCGCGGGGAAGGUUUCUAACAGAAUAAUCUGCUAAGAAAGCGAACUAAUCAAAGAGGAAGGAGAGGGAGGAGAAGAGUAAGGGGUUAAAAGAUAGUAAAUAAUGGUAAUAGGACUGAGUGGAGUCCAUUCGCUCUGUAAUCAAGAGUGAUUAACCGACAACACGAAGUUCUGUUACCAAUUAAUCACAACUAUAACAAACUUUGCGAUAGUUUAUGCUUUUUCAAAAUAAAAAAAAAAGAAAUUUCGAGAGCUUUUUUUUAAGAAAAAAAGUUUUAAAACAGCCAUUCAAGUGCGCGCGUGCGAUUAAGCGUACUGUCCAAUUAAUACUGAAAUCAGGACAGUUGAUAGCCAAUCAAAUUUUGUCAUGGUUUUGAUUAAUGAAAGUAUUGAUCAAAUUUCCCGAUAAUUAGAUGAAUGUACCCAAUGUUUCAGUCAUAACAUUAGUUUACUGAUAAUCUUUACAGCCGUUUCUCCUUACUGCACUUUCCGUAAUGUUGCUGGUGCUACAGUAAUCGUCACCACCUGGAUGAUCCUGCGCAGGAGUACCAACCUUGAAGAAUUCGUAACCUGUUUCACUGAAGCCGUCCUUCCUGCUGCCAACAGCUUGCGAGCAAUCAGUGAAGACGCAAUACGCUUCGCAAUUCAGGCAGAAAACAGCUCAGCUCUUGAGGCCCUGUGGAAACAGUACCAGGAUGGCACUCUGCGAGACAAGCUUCAAGAAUUCCUGGUGACUGAUGAAAUCAAACAACUCGCAGGUGGAGAGGAAGUAACACUGGAAGUUCAUAUUGACGAACAAGACUAUCACAAUGCCUAUUUUGAUCUAAUGACAACCGAAACACGAGGUAAUUCAAGCUGACUAGUAGAUUUAGUUGCAAAAUGUGUCUAAAAGAGUGUCUCAAAGAUCUUCAUACGUCAGAGUGGGGCGUAAUAAGAAAAGCCCGGACAGGACACACCCUACCGUAAAGAAAACUGAAAAAGAAAAGAAAAAUAUAUUUAAAUGAAGAAUGACUUAAUCGCAAUCAACUCUAGCUACUCUAGCUCUCAUUUGGCUUUCUGGUUUUGUUACUCUGCUCUAGGUGACAGAUAAAAUUAAGGCUUUGCACAGGUUAGUCUCCUUCGGGAUUAAGUUUGAAUUUUUUGACUAGCAUCCCCUUUCCCUUCACAUAGACGCGACACUGUCCCAGGGAGAAACGCUGAAGAUACCUUUAUCUCAUGAUCAGUAGUAUUUUCAAGCCCAAUGAUCCACUAUCCUUUUUGUUCAUUUUUAUCUUUUUCAUGUAAACAGCCUUAAAAGUCAAGGAAAAUGUCCCUGAUAAACAAAGAAGUCGUCGAAAUUCUGAUUCAGUUGUAUAUACUACAGCAAGGGAAAACGAUGUGCCAGCCGUCCUCCCGCAGACAAAGGAAACAAGGCUUAAGUUUCAUCAGGUUAAGGUAAAACAGCUAGAAGAGAAAUUGUGGAAACUGAAGGAAAAGUUGGAGGAGACCAACAAACUAGCCAUGGAAACUAACCAGACUGUUGCGAAGAUUUCUGGUUUUGCUAGUCUGGACAAAGGUACUCUAAAACAAAAAAUGGAAAUGGAACCUAUUAGACACAUGGCUCGAGAGUUUGACGGUGAGUGGAACACUUGAAUUAUAGCACUAUACAGUGAAACCUGUAUUAAGCGGACACCCUCGGGGAAUGCUGUAGUGUCCGCUUAAUACAGGGUGUCCGCCUAAUACAGGUUUCGAUAGAUAAUGUUAUAUGAGGUGUCAAAUGCUAUUCAAAUGAACAGUGGAAACGGUUAGAAUACUCCCGGAAACUAUGACGAUCCGGGAUGACGAUAUACCUUUGCUUUAAUUUCUUGGACCAACUGAUCAUAGUUCCUUAAACACAGAUAGCAACUCAAAUUUGAAGAAAUCAGAUGAGUGAAACAAACUCUAAACAAACAAAACGAAAUAGAAAACAAUACUGUACUGUACCGGAUUCAACAAUGUGUGACUCAAAUUAAACGCCUUUUGUCCAGUCACCUUUUCUAAUGUAAAAAUCGGUAAAUUUGUGUGUGGCAAUCUUUCGCAUUUCCGGUGUCUGGCAUGUUGGGUGGUGGACUUUUUAAUUACAAGUGUCCGUUUAGUACAGGUUGGCAACAAUAGAAAUGCCCAUUUCAGGUAUUUUUUAGUUGUCCGCGUCCGCCUAAUAGAGGUGUCCGCGUAAUAAAGGUUUCAUUUAAAGUAAAUAAGGGAAAUAAAUUUGGGGACUUCUGCUACUGUCCACUUAAUAGAGGGUGUCCGCUUAAUACAGGUUUCACUAUAUCUACAAUUGUAUUUACCCGCAGAAUAAGAAAUUUCUUUUUUCCUUUUGUUUUUCUUUUCUUCUUUCUUUUCUUUUCAUCGAUAUAGAAAUAAAUUUCACUUAAGUAAACUUGAGUUUGUUGUUGCUUUUUCUGUGUAACCUGGGCUCAAUAUAUAGGAAGGUUACCACCUCAUGGACUCAAGGGAUCCGAGUAAUCAAUAUUGCGUGAGAAAACUGCAUGGAUCUAGCCCGGUUCAGACGCCGGACUUUUCAUGUGCCAAACCUAUACAUUGAAUUAAAUAAGUGCAUGAAAAGUUCGGCGUCUGAAUCAAUUAUAGGAACGCCUGUUUCAAUUUGGAACUGCUCAGCCGUUUUUUUCGCCUAUCCAGGCCGGGAGUUUCGCCUUUGGAGCGACUUUGAUUCAGACGCCGAACUUUUCAUGUACCGAACCUAAUGCAAAAUUAUUAUAAUGUAUUUUGUAAGCAGUUUGACCGAAUUUUCGCCUUUUGAACUUAAUUCAGCUGCAAUUAAGAUCGGCGUCUGAAUCAGUUCAGCCAGUCUAAAUAAUUUGGGUCGGCCUCAAUUCGAAUUAAGUUCCGCUCAUGAAAAGUUCGGCGUCUGAACCGGGCCAAAUUUUUACUCUCAGACAGUCCACUGAUUGCGCGUGAAUAGUGUUUGAAAUUAUUCAUUGAGAUGAGCGUAUUUAAAUGUCAUGAAAUGUUGGCGCUCACCACGCAAAGUGAAGUCCUCGAGUUUUCUGAGCGCACGCCAGAUUAAUUGCCCAGAAAGAAAGCUUUCAAAGCACUUUCCCACCAAAAACCCAUCCCAAUACGAGGGUCGUGAAGGGGGGUACCAAAUCCCAGUUCCCAGCCUAAAUUUGGCCCAAAUCCCAGUUCCCAGGCUAAUUUUUGCCAAAAUCCCAGUUACCAGUUUACAGUUUAAAUCCAACAAAAGUUUAGAGUUUUCGGUGUGUAUAACGGCGUUAUUUGCAUUGACGUACUUGAUUUCUAGUACCAUUUUGCGAGAAACCUUUUCCGAAGCCAUUUUUAUCUUCCCUUCACAAUAUCUUCAUAUGCAAACUUGCAGAACUUGUCCGCUGACCAGGAAAACUGACAGAACGUAACUAUGCAACCGUGUAAGCCUGGUAGCUAGACCGCGGGCGCGAAGGCGAAAAAUACUGAUUUCAUGGUCUCUACUGAGGAGUGCAAGGUCUAUUGCUACGAAAUUUUAUUUUUCUAUUUCAAGAUAUUGGAGCAAAGACCACUUAAGAAAAAAAAUCCCAUUCCCAUUUUAUAAUUGUUCAUCCCAUUCCCAGUGGCUAAAUCCCAGUCCCAGCGAGUAAAUCCCAUUUUCCCAGUCCACAAUAAGGCUAAUCCCAGUUGUCAUUUUACCCCUUCACGACCCUCCAAUACCCACGAGGAGGGGAAGAGAUGAGAGACUUAUCUGGCCUUUGAGCUAGGAUUUCGCGCUUUUAUGUGCGCUGUUCUUUGAUGCGGGAGCGGAGAUUUGGGAAUCGAGGUAGCACACGGUAACCAGCCUUGAUUCGCAUCAUGUUGGAAAACAACACUGAACACUAACGAACCUCAAAACCGUAAAAAACUUUAUGGCCAUCAAUUUAGCCCAGUUUUCACAGGAAAAGCGACAACAAACCCAAGUUCACUUUUACGUGAGUUUAAUUUAUUUCUAUAUUUAUGCCUUUUCUACGCUCUCAACCAAAAUAGACUGAAUUUAUUCUCAAAAAAGUUUAUAAAUCCUUCAUUUCUUAUGCCCUUUUUCUUUAAUAGAAAUACUAUGACAAGUCCGAUGUCGUCGCAUAAUGAAUGUAACACUUAUCAGGGGCACACAACGAGAAUAUAGUUCAAAAUCACUUAAACAUAGCAUUGUUAAACGUAUUUUAGUACGGUAAAUAUAGGCAUAUUUUUAAUCACCUAAAAGGUUUUCAACUGUUCGGAUUUCCUAGCUAAGAAACUAGUGAUCCGAAAAUUAUAGGGAUCAAAACUUACCUUUUCGAAAAUUUCAGCCAGAAAAAAGGUUACAGAAAAUUCUAGGUGACCUUUUAAGGAUAAAAAUCCGUUAAAAAUGGUCAAUUAUAGCAUCUUUUAGAUGCUCGGAAAUCCUAAGAGAGGCAGGCAAGCAAAAAAUUAUGUAAAAAAUGUUCCGAAAAUUCUAGAUCUCAAAUCGUCUUCCGAACAGAUAUCUUCCGAAAAUUGACGUUGGCUGCCCCUGACUUAUUAUAGGAAGUUUCGUUUUAGCUAAUAGCUCUUGGUCUACUAAAUAUCUUUCACUAAUGUUUAUCUUUGUCUCUUUUCCUUUUUACAUUCAUUUAUUUACUUCACGAGAAAUACAUAACUCGCAUUAACCCUCACGAAACUGGGCUCUUCUUUAUAGCGCUCUCUCUGCUCGCCGCGUGGGGUAGAGUUAGAAACUGGAUGGGUCUGGGUUAGGGUAAAGUGAAGGCUCAUAAUUUAUUAUUUCUUUUCUUUUUCGAUUCUUUUUCCUUGUUGUCUUUUUUUUUAUUUUUAAAUGUGUAUUGAAAAUCAUAUUAAGCAUUAUUUCGGCCGCCAUUUUAUUAAUUCAAACACGGUGGGUUCGCGAGCGGGCCGAUUACGGCCGAAGUUACAGGGCGCAAACUUUGAUCCAUUGGCGGGAAAGCGCCAAAAUUAAGCUACAUGUGUGCUUUCCGCGAGGUAAAAUGAAUUCCUCGCAGGGCAAGGCGAUGUUGUCCCAGUGAUCCGUGGUUUGUUGCUGUCUUCUUCCCCUUCCUUGCUAUCGCUGAAUUUUAAAUCGCCAUUCUCGCUCCAGCGGAGUUUCGGUGGUGAAUUGUUCAGGGCGAGGAUUUCCAGCAAUAACUUGUUGGCACACUCAAGCACACUCAAUACAAGUAAAAACUCUUGUGUUAAUCCCUUGCUCUUUAUUUUCCAGAGGAUAGAGCAUUUGAAGUCAAACGGUGGGAGAAAAGUACAUUUAUGUGGAAAAUAGAAAGAUUUUUUUAUGAUCAGCCACAGAUGUUCCUUGAGCCAUCGGGAAUAUCUGACAGCGGUGCUUUCAGUCAAAGUACGUUUUCUGAACUGCAGAGCGAAGAAGAUAAAGGUAAUUACCGAUUUGUUGUUGUUGUUGUUGUUGUUGUUGUUGUUGUUGUUGUUGCUGUUGUUGUUGUUGCUAGUUUAAACUACACAUACUCAUGUAUAUCGCCGUGGCGGAGUUGUAUGACACUCUGAUGAUUAGCCUGCGCAGCAAGCGUUUCCGCGAGGUUUAGGAGCAAAGAACGAGCAACGAGAGUCAAAGACCGCUGUUUCAUUUCUCGCGCGGCCAAAACCGCUCUUUCUUUGCUCCGAAACCAAAUGGAAACGCUUGCUACGCAGGCUAUCUGAUGAUAAUACGUGCAGCAUGUCUUUAUGCCGGAACUGAGAAGCCAGGCAAAUGAAAUAUUAAUUAAGUUUGAGCUUUUCUAACAAUCCUGUCAACAACACUACGAGAUUAAUUAAUCAAAUUCAGCUAACUAGAAUUAAGCUUAGUGACAGUUUCUGAUUCGGUCUGAAGAAGCAAAAUAAAUUACCUUAGUUUGGUUCAUGUUUCAUAGUUUUUAAGGACUGAAGACUGGUUUCAGUUCGGGUCCGAGUCUAGCCUGAGAAAACAGCCGACAUUUCACGACACCACCACUGGUUUCGCCGCGAAAAGACAUCUGAGAAACAAGUGCAGAAAUUCCAUACUGAUGACGUGUCACCAUCCAAUACUGGGUAGUGCUUCUGAUUGGUCGUACCGCUUGGGAUUUGGGAAGUUUGCUUCAACCAAUCAGGAACACUACCCAGAUCUAAGUAGUGGCGGGUCAUCAGUAUGCCUGUGGUGGCGUCGCGAAGUGUCGGCUGUUUUCACAGCGGGCUAUACCGAGGCCGGUAGUUCAGGCCGUUGAGUGCACUGACUAGUUUGCAAGAGAACUCGGUGUUUGUUUUCCUGCAACGACCGGCGGUCUUAUAAAUUCUUGAUAAGUGAAAUUCUUGUAUUCUCUACCCGGAUUCUCUGGAGAAGCCAAAACUGAUUUAUAUACCUCAUCAUCUCAUGAGAUGAUUUCGAAACCCAUAAGGCUGACGGCUUCCGGCUUUAGUUUGUCGGUAACCCUCGUUUCAUGACACAGCCAAAAAGAAUCGAAAACUUUCAACGCAAAUACUUUCCGCGAGUCAAAAACAACUACAGCCAUUUUCAAGUCGAAAGCACGUGUAUAAUAUAGAAAACUUUGAAUAUAAAUUUGUUCUUAUGACCGACUGGCAUACUUCAAACAGUCAAAGUAAUCCUUUUUGCAACCUCUCCAGUAUAUUGUGUAUCUUUCUCACAACAGCGACAAUUUUAUACUUUACUGCCACUUCCAUGAGGUAAAUCUUUGUUUGCCUCCAGAUUUGGGGGGUUCAGGUGACCAGCCCCCAGCCAGGAUUCUUUCAAGCAAGGGAGAGAACCCUGAAAACGAUGUUGCCGUUAUCCUCGUCGGGAGGUUGUCAGGAGGAAUCGGGAGGAAGCUCCCGGCCAGCGAAAUCCAACAUGGCGUCGCCCCUUGACUAACCAUUCUGUGAGAGAAAUAAAAGCCACUAUAUUUUUUGUUUCUAUCAUCUAAAACGGCACACAAAUGAUUGGAAGGGACGUAUUUAACUUACACAGUCGAUAAAAUGAUCUUCAAAGACCAAGGAAGAUUUUGUCGCGUAGUUCAGUUUGGGACUUUUUCCCGCCAAAAGGGUCUUUUUGUUCCAUUUUUUGACAGGCUAAGGACUGGCUGUAGCAUUCGGUUUCAAGGCUCCUCCGCUCAAUAGCAUAGCGCUAGGGUGAUCUGGGGACGUGGCUGAUUUUGGCCUGGAUUGGGUAUAGUGAGUUAAGAGCUUCUUCCCGGGUCCCAGGUGCAGAAUAGGAAAGUGCCUCUAUUCCGCAAAGCGCCCGAAAGCAUUUAUCUCCUGACAGAUCCCCCAACAUUUUUUUAGCUUUGCCGUAAUUUUGGCUACGUAGAUUACUCUGAAAUAUUACAUUCCAUCACCUUAAGACUUCACUGAGUUGAACUUGAAAAAGCUAUUAUUUAUCCCAAGAAAAGCCAGACUUACAGGAACCGUAUAACUAUCGGAACAAUUAUGCAAGCCGGCGGUUUUAUUGUUUUCAGUUCUCGUGCUAAACUUUUUUAUUAAUUUUUAGUUCAUGCAUGGGUUAUAUGUAACGCUGAAACAACUAACAAUGUCUUUAGAUAUUUUAAGCAAUUUAUAUUCUUAUUUACUUAUUUUUGCCGGAUCCAUGGUGGUCAGGACGAUCCGUGCCUCCACCCCAACUCUUAAUGGAGUCAUCACGUAAUAUACUUUUCUAUUUUACGGAUUGACUCAGUGCUUUAAAAAUGAAAAUGCUACCUCUUAAUCAUCAAAUACCACUUGUAUAAUCAAAUUUGCCUUUAACAAACUUUGCCAGGCCGGUGAAACAUGUGAACGGUGAAUGAAGUCAGAAGUUUGGACCCCCGUAUAAAAAAAGUCCUAGAUCGGCCCCUACUAAUUGAGACGGUUACUUAUUUACACAGAAAGUGACAAGCCUGUUGGAAGCGAAAUGAGAGAUGAAGGAUUGGAAGGGGAGGUGAAAAGUCGGAGACGAAAAGAGGAACAAGCCGCUAAAGCUGAAAAGCUUGGAAUUCAGCUCAAGUUUAACAGUGGUGACUAUCUCCAGGCUAUUGAAUGUCUCCAAAAGGCUUUAACGAUUAGACAAGAAAUAAGGGACAGAAAAGGAGAGGUUUCGGCUCGUGUAAACCUUGGAUAUGUGUAUUCUCUUUCUGGUGACUACGUUAUAGCCAGAAAGUACAUUGAUAGUGCACUUGAAAUAACAAAAGAAAUUGGGGACAAACAAGGAGAAGCUAAGGCCUACGAAAAGCUAGGAAUAUUGCAUGAUUUUCUUGGUGACUAUCAGAGGGCUGUGGAGUAUCACAAAAGAGCACUUAGACUUAGCCAAGAAACUGGGAACAAACAAGGGGAAGCUGCAGCUAAUGGAAACUUAGGAAAUGCGUACAAUUCUCUUUGUGACUAUCAAAAGGCUGUGGAGUAUCACGAGAGAGCACUUAGACUUAACCAAGAAACUGGGAACAAACAAGGGAAAGCUGCAGCUUAUGUAAACUUAGGAAAUGCGUACCAGUUUCUUGGUGACUAUCAAAGGGCUGUGGGCUAUCAUGAGAGAGGACUUAAACUUAACCGAGAAACUGGGAACAAGCAAUGGGAAGCUGUAUCUUAUAGAAACUUAGGAACUGUGUACCAUUUUCUUGGUGACUAUCAAAAGGCUGUGGAGUAUCACGAGAGAGCACUUAGACUUAACCAAGAAACUGGGAACAAACAAGGGGAAGCUGCAGCUUAUGUAAACUUAGGAAAUGCGUACCAUUCUCUUUGUGACUAUCAAAAGGCUGUGGAGUAUCACGAGAGAGCACUUAGACUUAACCAAGAAACUGGGAAAAAACAAGGGGAAGCUGCAGCUUAUGGAAACUUAGGAAAUGCGUACCAUUCUCUUUGUGACUAUCAAAAGGCUGUGGAGUAUCACGAGAGAGCACUUAGACUUAACCAAGAAACUGGGAACAAACAAGGGGAAGCUGCAGCUUAUGUAAACUUAGGAAAUGCGUACUAUUUUCUUGGUGACUAUCAAAGGGCUGUGGGCUAUCAUGAGAGAGGACUUAAACUUAACCGAGAAACUGGGAACAAACAAUGGGAAGCUGUAUCUUAUAGAAACUUAGGAACUGCGUACCAUUCUCUUGGUGACUAUCAAAAGGCUGUGGAGUGUCACGAGAGAGCACUUAGACUUAACCAAGAAACUGGGAACAAACAAGAGGAAGCUGCAGCUUAUGAAAACUUAGGAACUGCGUACAAUUCUCUUGGUGACUAUCAAAGGGCUGUGGGCUUUCAUGAGAGAGGACUUAAACUUGCCCAAGAAACUGGGAACAAACAAUGGGAAGCUGUAUCUUAUAGAAACUUAGGAACUGCGUACCAUUCUCUUGGUGACUAUCAAAAGACUGUGGAGUGUCACGAGAGAGCACUUAGACUUAACCAAGAAACUGGGAACAAACAAGAGGAAGCUCAAGCUUAUGAAAACUUAGGAACUGCGUACAAUUCUCUUGGUGACUAUCAAAGGGCUGUGGGCUUUCAUGAGAGAGGACUUAAACUUGCCCAAGAAACUGGGAACAAACAAUGGGAAGCUGUAUCUUAUAGAAACUUAGGAACUGUGUACCAUUCUCUUGGUGACUAUAAAAGGGCUGUGGAGUAUCAUGAGAGAGCACUUAGACUUAACCAAGAAACUGGGAACAAACAAGGGGAAGCUGCAGCUUAUGUAAACUUAGGAAAUGCGUACCAUUUUCUUGGUGACGAUCAAAGGGUUGUGGAGUAUCACGAGAGAGCACUUAGACUUAACCAAGAAACUGGGAACAAACAAGGGGAAGCUGCAGCUUAUGGAAACUUAGGAACUGCGUACCAUUUUCUUGGUGACUAUCAAAGGGCUGUGGAGUAUCAUGAGAGAGGACUUAAACUUAACCAAGAAACUAGGAACAAAAAAGGGGAAGCUGUAUCUUAUAGAAACUUAGGAACUGCGUACCAUUCUCUUGGUGACUAUAAAAGGGCUGUGGAGUAUCAUGAGAGAGCACUUAGACUUAACCAAGAAACUGGGAACAAACAAGGGGAAGCUGCAGCUUAUGUAAACUUAGGAACUGCGUACCAUUUUCUUGGUGACUAUCAAAGGGUUGUGGAGUAUCACGAGAGAGCACUUAGACUUAACCAAGAAACUGGGAACAAACAAGGGGACGCUGCAGCUUAUGGAAACUUAGGAAUUGCGUACCAUUUUCUUGGUGACUAUCAAAGGGCUGUGGAGUAUCAUGAGAGAGGACUGAAACUUAACCAAGAAACUGGGAACAAACAAUACGAAGCUGUAUCUUAUAGAAACUUAGGAAAUGAGUACCAUUCUUUUGGUGACUAUCAAAGGGCUGUGGAGUAUCAUGAGAGAGCACUUAAACUUAACCAAGAAACUGGGAACAAACAAGGGGAAGCUGCAGCUUAUGUAAACUUAGGAAAAGCGUACCAGUUUCUUGGUGACUAUCAAAGGGCUGUGGAGUAUCUUGAGAGAGCACUUAGACUUAACCAAGAAACUGAGAACAAACGAAGGGAAGCUUUAGUUUAUGGAGAAUUAGGACUUACGUACCAUGCCCUUGGUCACUAUCAAAGGGCUGUUGAGUAUCAUGAGAGAGCACUUAAAUUUGGAAAAGAAACUGGGAACAAACGCGUAAAAGCUCUAGCCUAUGAAAACCUAGGAACAUCGUACAUAAAGCUAGGUGACUAUCAAAGGGCUGAGGACUAUCUAGAGAGGGCGCGUAAAAUUCGGAAAGAAACGGAGACAUAA